UAUUAAGCGCUGGAAAUGGGGAGAGACGGCCCCUUUGUGCGAGAUUUGGGCGGGGUUUCACAGUAUUUCGGGCCGCUCCGGGAGGCACUCCUGCCGUUUUUCCCGCCACGACCCCUGAGGCCACGCCGGGACUACAUCUCCCGUCAUGCCCGCCGGCCGGGGGGAGCCGCCGCCAUUUCGGCACCGUUCCCAGGAGCCGUUGGGUGGAGGCGGUGUCGCGUUCCCCGUUCCCCGCUGCCCACCGUCGCCAUGAGCCGCCUCAGCGGCGGUUGGGACGGCGCCGGCGAGGAAGUCCAGCUCCUCCUGGACCUAUGCCUUCACUGUUUGACAAAGAACCUUUCCAGAUAUGCUGCAGAUAUUAAGUCAUUGCCACCUAACAUAAAGGAUAAACUGAUUAAAUUAAUGAGUAUGCAAGGGCAAAUAACUGAUUCAAAUAUCAGUGAGGUAUUGCACCCUGCUGUAGAGUCUCUAGACCUCCGAGACUGUGAUAUUUCAGAUAAUGCAUUAUUGCAGCUUUAUAACUGCAAGCAAUUGAAAAAAAUCAACUUAAAUUCUUGCAAAGAAAACAGAUUGGGAAUCACUUCAGAAGGUGUCAUAGCACUGGCCUUAUCCUGUCCUUACUUGCGUGAAGCUUCUUUUAAAAGGUGCUGUGAUAUAACUGACAGUGGAGUCCUUGCUCUUGCACUCAACUGCCAGUUCCUACAAAUAGUGAACUUGGGCAGCUGUUCAGGCAUCAUGGAUGCAUCUCUGCAGGCACUAGGAGAAAACUGCAAAUUUCUUCACAGUGUGGACUUUUCAUCUACUCAGGUAACAGAUGAUGGCGUUGUAGCACUAGUGAGUGGAACAUGUUCAAAGAAUUUAAAGGAGAUCCACAUGGAACGCUGUGUGAAUCUGACUGAUGUUGCUGUGGAAGCGGUCCUUACUUCUUGUCCGAAGAUACACAUUUUUCUGUUCCAUGGAUGCCCGUUGGUGACAGAUCGUUCACGAGAUGUUUUAGAGCAGCUAGUCAUAUCAAACAAAAUCAAACAAGUAACGUGGACUGUUUACUGAUUGUUUAUCGUGUACAUGUGAGUGUAAUGUUUACAGAUGGGAGAGCUCUUUCAGAAAACAAGCUCCUUGGAGAAAUAGCUGGUGACUUUUGUACCACCAGAUUGCUUCCCUCCUUGUUCCCACCAGAGGUCUCCAUCGCCAUUCCAGUCCUUGCCUGUGAGUCUGGGCUUCCCUAUUGUCUGUACUUAGAGCCCUGUCUUCUUUGCAUCACUGAUCAGGCUUCAUUAAGGGGAAAGUUAAACUGUAAUUAAUAUUACACUGUCAUCUCUCAGCCUCCUCUUGAAGUAUCAACUUUGGCAACUACUUACCAUCUUGUAGCAUCUUAGCUACAUAUACAAACACAAUUUAAGUAAGUCCCUGUUCUGAGUUUGUAGUCUGAGAGGGUAGUUGCAACUAAAAGUACUGAGCCCAAACAUAGUAUUAACACUUACGCAGCAGUCUCUGUAAAGUUGUGACUUUAAUCUGACAAAAGUCAACAGACAGAACUGCUGAAUGGAGGUGGCAUUGACAGCAGUGCAAUUUUUUUUAAGUAGCAGCAGUCUCCUUUCACCAUGUACUUUUGCAAGGUCCAGAGGAAAAAACACAGGUACUUUUCUUUUGAUGUUACUGAUGCUGCAGGUUUCUGGUUAUAUUUACCUUCAAAUACUUGCUGGAUUUUUACACAUUCAGAAGUACAGUCUGAAUAUGUAAACAUAAAAUUGUUUUGAAGUUAUUGUGACUUAACAAAUUUCAGAAUAAUAGUUAUGACCAAUAAAAGAAUAUUGUAUAUGGGAAAAUAUGUACUUAUUUGCUCUGGCUUUUGCCUGCAUUCCUGUAUGAAAAUCCUUUUAGGGAACAAAACAUUGGUUCUCACAAGCAUGGCUGUGAGUGAAAUAGGACCAAACUUAAUGUUUGAGUACAUGAAUCUCAGGAUGGUGGAGUUCAGGAAAGUAUGUCCUGCUAUAAGCAGUUUAUAAUAUCUCCAGUGGCCUCCCAGAAAUUGAAAAUAUAACCAUUUAUAUAUUGUUCAAUUGUGGUCAUAUUGAAAAAAAUAUUUAGAAGCGUAGAAUGAGUUCAUUGCAUGAUGGAACAGUGGUCUCAUCACAAUUAUGUCAUGUUCACUGGCUUUGUUGAAAUAGCAUGAUUUCUAGUGAGACUUUUAUGAAUUCUACAUUCAACUUCUAUAAAUGCUAGCAAUUUUAGCAUUCUACAGGGCAGGUAGCACACUAUGUUAAGACUCUGCAUCUGGAAGUAGCAGGGUUUGGCUAGGGAGGUCUUACGUGGAUCUGAUGACACUUAGAAACCCAUGAGUUCAGGCAACCAUAAGGAAUAUGUUUACUUCAUAAUUUAACACUUGUCAUAGCCACAUGCGUUUUAAGUGUCGUAGAAAUUAAAACAGUCUUCUACUAAUCUAUUUAAAGUUCAGGUCAAAUUGCAUGGAAGAUAAUAAUAUAAUAUGUUGCAUCCAGUACUAUUAAAGGAUGUUAUGAUGUCUGAGAAUAAUCUCUUGUUCUUCUGUUGAUCACAUGGCUUAUGGAAGAGCAGGUCCAUUUAGAAAACUCGUUCAAGUGUAACUGAAUGCAUAAUUUUCGAACUCCGGUGCCUAAAUCCCUAAUUCUUGUUGCAUGUAGUACAAUGGCUCAGCCCAGUGAUGAAUGUGUUCCUAUGAUACCUAUAGGUAUAACUGCACCAGCACAAACCAUUCCUGCAAACAGAAGUAGUUUUGCUACAUUAGCAAGUAGCAUUUGAAGGCUGUAAUUGCAACAAAUCCUUGGACCAGAUAGAGGCCUUAGAACCUAAAUAUAUACUUAGGUUUCCUGUUUUAAUCAACCAGAUUUUACCCCCUUUUUUGGCUAAAGAGUAGUUUAUUGUUUUGCCAUGCGGAAUGCCUGGUGUCAGUUGGGGCCCAUCAUUCCUUUGAACUCUUCAACGUGAGUUGGCAAUAAAUUUGGUUUGCACUGUUUUUCAUACUCAUCAAGCUGAUUAGGCAGCAGCACUUACAUGGUUAGUAAUCAUGUCAAAUAAGUAAAGCAUAAGGAUCAGGUUUCAGGAAGGGUGCCACAAAAAGAGUAAGAAUUGCAAGCUAACACAAGUGGGAAGGGGCCUCGGGAGGUUUCUAGUCUAACUUCUGCCCAAAGCAGGGCCAGCUCAGAGCAGCUUAGUUGGCGCUUUAUCCAAACAAGUCUUGGGCAACUGAAGAUGACAGAGCCUUCACAACCUUUUGAGGCAACUUGUUGCACUGCUUGACUGUGUUAAUGGUGGAAAAUUUUUUCCUUCUAUCCUGUUUGACCCUAUUUUGUUUCAACUUACACCCUUUCUCACUGGAAGAGCCUGGCUGUCAUCCUGAUAAUCUCCUGAUAAGUACAGGCAGGUUGCUUAUAGGUCCCUUGAAGCCUUGUCUUCUCCAAGCUGAACAAGCCCAGUUCCCUCAAUCUGUUAUUGUACAACAUGUUACUGUACCAUAGUGUGGUGAUGGUUGCCAGACUCUCAUCCCAAGUGCUACAUCCCGAAAGAAAAUUAUGAAUGGAGAUAAUGUAAAGCAGCUAAAGGUGGAAGACUACCAAAGUCUGUAACAGCAAAGGACACUUAAAAAAAUUUCUAUCUGUGGGACAGUGCCACUGCUAACCUCACUGGAAAAGUUGUCCUUUUUUCCGCUUGCUAAUGUAACCUUGGAUUUGUCAUCCUGAAGGCAAAUACAGCUUACACUGUGUCCUUAAACAUGUGUGUAGAUUUACCAUGUUCUCCUAUAGCCUUUUCUAAAUAUGUAACUUAGUGGUAUGUCCUCUGUACUUAAAAAUCUGUGCAACAUUGCAAUGAAUUAAUGGUGUAUUUUUUAAGUUUGAAAAUUUAAUGCAAGUCGUGUUAAAUCCUUCACUGCCAGCGCUUGAGUCAGCUCUCUUAUGGAUUUCUUACUAGCAUAACUCUUCUGGAAUAUUUUUUUACUCUGAUAAAGCCGCAGUCAUUUUCCACAAAUGCUUACAAGUGUUGGGUGAAGUGGGAGAAGAACAUCGUGUAUGCAUUUACCACUUCAUAUUCUGUAUUGUUUGGAUAUUGUUAUUGUUGUAAAUUGUUGGGUGAGCACUGCAGAAUAUUCACACAUUGUUCUGAAGAUUAAAGUUUU